AUGCUUCGCUCAAGCACUGGACUUUAUAUGCGACACAUAGGUCAAGAUGUGCCGAAGCGUCAUACUCACUUCGUCCUAGAGAGUAGACUGAUGUACGAGAAAUCUUUUCGUGACACUUGGUUGCAUAGUGUUUGUCGUGCUGUCUCUCAACUUGAUGAGCCAAUAUCAAAGAGCGUCUCGGGCACCCAUCAAAAAAUGUUGCAGCGCAAAGUUACAUGCUUCCAGUAUAACCAAUACGGUUUGUUUAAAGUACCAUAUUAUCGUCUGGCUAAUGUUGAUCGCUAUCAUGCUGUACAGGGUAUUCCUGGGACGCGGGACUGGGUUCCUUACGCCAAUGUGUCGUAUUGGACAAUGAAUAAAAUGGUGCGUAGUGGUAACUUGUUAGUGCAUCGAGUGCAUUAUACUGGAUGGGGUACAGAUACUCACCUUAAGAAGGGUGGAUGGGAGCAUCGAUGGAAUAAAACAAUGCAGCGUAAUGCUCUUCAAUAUACUCGAAUAUAA